AUGGCGGUGGCGACGGUGACGACGACCAAGAAAAAAGGUCCCGAGCUUGCACCGGAGAGCGAACGGUUCCUGCGAUGCUGUGCGGACGUAUCCAACGCCUUGAUCGAGGACCAUGAAGCCUCCAAGGACGGCCGCAAGUCGCGAGACAUCAAUCUAAAUUCUCUGCGCUCGAAGCUGGCCAAGAAGCACAAACUGACCAACAUCCCCCCGCUGACGGCCAUCAUCGCCGCCAUUCCGGAGCACUACAAGAAAUACAUCCUGCACAAGCUCAUUGCGAAGCCCAUACGGACGUCUUCUGGCAUCGCCGUCGUCGCAGUCAUGUGCAAACCCCACAGGUGUCCCCAUAUCGCCUACACGGGCAACAUUUGCGUCUACUGCCCCGGUGGGCCCGACUCCGACUUCGAGUACAGCACACAGUCGUACACGGGAUACGAGCCGACGUCGAUGCGAGCCAUUCGGGCGCGGUACGAUCCGUUUGAGCAGGCGCGAGGAAGGGUGGACCAGCUCAAGUCGCUCGGCCACUCGGUGGACAAGGUCGAGUACAUCAUCAUGGGAGGAACAUUCAUGUCCCUGCCGGAGUCGUACCGGGAAGACUUCAUCGCUCAGCUCCACAACGCCCUGAGCGGAUACCAGACGUCCAAGGUCGAUGAGGCCGUCGAGGCGGGCGAGAUGAGCAACGUCAAGUGCGUGGGAAUCACAAUCGAGACUCGCCCGGAUUAUUGCCUGCAGCCCCAUCUGACCGACAUGCUGCGAUACGGCUGCACGCGGCUCGAGAUUGGCGUCCAGUCGCUCUACGAAGAUGUCGCGAGGGAUACGAACCGUGGCCACACCGUGGCAUCGGUCGCCGAGACGUUUUGCCUCGCCAAGGACGCCGGCUUCAAGGUCGUCAGCCACAUGAUGCCGGACCUCCCCAACGUGGGCAUGGAGCGCGACGUGGAUCAAUUCCGGGAGUACUUUGAGAAUCCUGCCUUCCGGACGGACGGCUUGAAGAUCUACCCGACCCUCGUCAUCCGAGGCACCGGCUUGUACGAGCUGUGGCGGACGGGCCGCUAUCAAAACUACACGCCCAACGGGCUGAUCGACCUCGUCGCCAAGAUAUUGGCCCUCAUCCCGCCCUGGACCCGAAUUUACCGCGUGCAGCGAGACAUUCCCAUGCCGCUGGUGACGUCCGGUGUCGAGAACGGCAACCUGCGGGAGCUGGCGCUCGCACGGAUGAAGGAUUUUGGAACGACGUGCCGGGACGUGCGAACGAGGGAGGUCGGCGUCAACGAAGUCAAGAACAAGAUUCGACCGAACCAGAUCGAGCUCGUGCGGAGAGACUACGCCGCCAACGGCGGCUGGGAGACGUUUCUGGCCUACGAGGAUCCGAAGCAGGACAUUCUCGUCGCCCUGCUGCGCCUGCGCAAGUGCACGGAAAAGUACACGUACCGCGAGGAGCUCGUCGGCCAGGCCACGAGCAUGAUCCGGGAACUCCACGUCUACGGCACGGCGGUGCCGAUCCACGCGCGCGACCCUCGCAAGUUCCAGCAUCAGGGUUUCGGCACACUCCUGAUGGAGGAGGCGGAGAGGAUAGCCAGGGAGGAGCACGGCAGCGAGAAGAUUAGCGUCAUUUCCGGCGUCGGCGUCCGGAGCUACUACAAGAAGCUUGGGUACUGGCUCGACGGCCCGUACAUGAGCAAGUGGCUCGACGGCCGAGAGGCAUGA